UACGCGUAUGUGUCAGGAAGUGGGGGAGCAACUGGGGCUUCAGUUGAGAAGAGAAAAAGCUCUCUGUGUCCUGACUCCUGGGCACUACAGGGAGGCACUGGCAGGGAGCUGAAGGGUGCUUCUUGCUAUGGGUUUGCUUGCGCGGAUACGCAAGGAAUGGUUUAUAAUCGGGAUUGUUGUGGCAAUCGCCUGCGCUAGACUAGAGCCAUCCGUCGGGGUGAAAGGAGGUCCUCUUCAUCCAGAGAUCACAGUGUCUUAUAUUGCUGUCUCAGCCAUCUUUCUGAACAGUGGUCUGUCACUGAAAACAGAGGAGUUAGCGUCAGCUCUGCUACAUGUGCGGUUGCACUUGUUUGUUCAGUGCUUCACCCUGAUCUUUUUCCCAUUAUGCAUCUGGGUAUUGGUCCAUGUCCUGGAGCUCACAUCAAUGAACCAAUGGCUGCUGAGAGGGCUGCAGACAGUCGGGUGUAUGCCCCCACCAGUAUCCUCUGCUGUCAUCCUAACCAAAGCUGUUGGAGGAAAUGAGGCUGCUGCCAUCUUCAACUCUGCCUUUGGUAGUUUCUUGGGCAUCGUAGUGACACCUGCACUGCUGCUCCUGUUUCUGGGCUCGUCCUCUGCGGUGCCAUUUUCCUCCAUCUUCUCCCAGCUCUUCAUGACUGUCGUCGUUCCUCUGCUCAUUGGGCAGGUGCUGCGGCGCUGGCUGAAGGAGUGGCUGGAGCGGGCCAGGCCUCCGUUUGGCGCUGUGAGCAGCGCUGUGCUCCUGCUCAUCAUCUACAGCACCUUCUGUGAGAGCUUCAGCCGGCCCAACACACAGAUUGACCACAUCAGCCUGCUGCUGCUCUGCUUCAUCGUGUUCUCGGUGCAGCUGAGUUUCAUGCUCCUGACGUUUGUCAUCACCUCCAGGCCAGCCUCGGGAUUCACUCCUGCUGAUACUGUGGCCGUUAUCUUCUGUGCUACUCACAAAUCCCUCACACUGGGUAUCCCCAUGCUGAAGAUAGUGUUUGCGGGAGAUGAGAACCUGUCUCUGGUGUCGGUGCCACUGCUGGUCUACCACCCAGCUCAGAUCCUGCUAGGCAGCGUGCUGGUGCCCACCAUUAGAGCCUGGAUGAACAGUCGGCAGAAGUCUCCUCUCUUAAUUCAGUAGGGUUGAGAUGCUUGCUGUGAGUGAGUAAAAAACGGACUAUGAUGGCUUUGAAGCUUACGAGCCUGCAGCCCAUCUGAUGUUCUUUGUGACCUCCCAAAGUGGAAGUGCCUUAAUGUCAUGGCGACACGCUGAAUAAGACAACUCUGAUGAUUCCAUGACUUUUUGUACUUGCAAGAAUGUAGUUUAUUUUUUUACUUGAGAUGAGCCAUUCCUUACACUACUGUUACACCAACAUACACAUCAGACUCUGUCUCGCACUUAGACAAAUGCUCUCUCUAUCUCUCUCUCUGUGUCCACAUAACCAUCUAGACUCCGUGUGGCAUGGUGUUACUGAAACCUCUAUCUAUCUUAUUCGUACAACACACGCUCUUACACGCAUACACACUCACAUACACUUACAAGGAUGUGAAGAAUGACAUUUUUACUGCCCUGUUUUUGGAGUAAAAUUUGUUAUGAACUCAGA